AUGCCGUACCUCGACGACGGCUUCGAGGCCCUGCUGGAGCCCUUCUACAACGGCAAGAAGCUCACGGAUCCCAUCUCAACCCAGGAAGACAAAUUUCAACUGCUGCCCGCCUUUCUCAAAGUCAAGGGCCUGGUGAAGCAACACAUUGACUCCUACAACUUCUUCGUCGACCAUGAGAUCAAGGACAUUGUGCGCGCGAACCGCACCAUCCGAAGCGAUGUGAACAGCUCCUUCUGGCUUGAGUUCACGGACAUCCGGGUCGAGAGCCCAAGCCGUCUUGACUUCAACGAUGCGCGUGCACACAGUGAGGUCACUCCCAUGGAAUGUCGUCUGCGCGACAUGACUUAUGGCGCUCCCAUCUUUGUUGACAUUGCCUACAUUCGCGACAAGUCCAAGAUCGUCCGCAGAAAUGUUCCCCUUGGACGGCUACCCGUCAUGCUCAAGUCAGCCAAGUGCCGUCUCAACGGUGCUUCGAACAAGGAGAUGGCUCUCAUGAACGAGUGUCCUCUCGACCCCGGCGGCUAUUUUAUCAUCAACGGCACGGAGAAGGUCAUCCUGAUUCAGGAGCAGCUGAGCAAGAACCGUGUCAUUGUCGAGGCUGAUGAAAAGAACAACAUCAUCACCGCCUCUGUGACCAGUUCUACUCACGAGCGCAAGACCAAGACCAAUAUCACGCUGAAGAAAGAUCGCAUCUCCCUCGUCCACAACGUCCUCGUGGAACCCGCGCCCAUUGUCAUCGUUCUCAAAGCUCUGGGUGGCCUGUCUGACCUCGAGAUUAUGCAGCUCGUUGCUGGUGAUGACGGAAGAUACCAGGAUGAGUUCACCGUCAACUUUGACGAGGCGACAAAGCAGGGUGUCUAUACCCAGCAGCAGGCCCUGGAGUGGAUUGGAUCGCGCGUCAAGAUGGGCGGCAGGGGCAGGUUUCAACCCAACUCGCAGGCGCGGAAGAACAACAUCGAGGAGGGUAUGGAUGCGCUAUCCAACCUUAUUAUUGCCCACAUACCUGUCGAGGGCCUCGACUUCUACCCGAAGGCCAUCUACGUUGCUUUCAUGACGCGCCGUGUUCUCAUGGCCCAAGCCAACAUGAGCCUCGUGGAUGACAGGGAUUUCGUCGGAAACAAGCGACUCGAGCUUGCUGGACAGCUGCUCUCUCUCCUUUUCGAGGAUUUGUUCAAAAAGUUUUGCGGCGACGUCAAGGCCAGCAUCGACAAGGUACUUAAGAAAGACAACCGCGCCGUGGCCAUGGACGCUGUUACCAUGAUCAGCAACCACGCCAACAACAUUGGUCAGGGAAUCAACCGAGCGAUCCAGACGGGCAACUGGACAGUGAAGCGAUUCAACAUGAACCGAGCCGGCGUCACUCACGUCCUGAGUCGUCUGAGCUAUAUCAGUGCCCUGGGUAUGAUGACGCGCAUCAGCAGUCAGUUUGAGAAGACGCGAAAGGUCAGUGGACCGCGUGCGCUGCAGCCCUCACAGUGGGGUAUGUUGUGUCCCUCGGAUACACCCGAAGGUGAGGCUUGCGGUCUGGUCAAGAACCUGGCUCUCAUGACGCAUAUUACCACCAACGCCGAGGAGGAACCUGUCAAGCGUUGGGUUUUUACCGUGGACGACAAUGUCGAACCCAUCAGGAACUUCUCCGGAAGUGAGAUGCAUCGCGAGGGAUCGUAUAUCAUCCACAUCAACGGCACGCCGUUUGCGCUUACCAAAUUCCCGAAAAGGUUCACGAACCGCUUCAGAACGAUGCGUCGCCGUGGCUGGAUCUCGCCCUUUGUCGGCGUUCAUAUUAACAACCACUUCAACGCUGUUCAUAUUGCUACUGACGAAGGACGAAUCUGUCGGCCCUACAUUAUUGUCAAGAACGGCAAGCCGAAGCUGAAGGCGGAGCACCUGAAGCUUCUCCAGCUCGGCAAAGCCACUUUCGAUGACUUCUUGACGAAUGGUGUCGUCGAGUAUUUGGAUGUCAACGAGGAGAACGAUACGCUUGUGGCUCUGUACGAAACCGACGUCAACCAAAGCACCACGCACAUGGAAAUCGAACCCUUCACAAUUCUUGGGGCCGUAGCAGGCCUCAUUCCCUUCCCGCACCACAACCAGUCACCCCGUAACACCUACCAGUGUGCAAUGGGCAAGCAAGCUAUUGGUGCGAUUGCCUACAACCAAUUCAACCGCAUCGACACAUUGCUCUACACCCUCGUAUACCCGCAACGGCCGAUGGUCAUCUCCAAGACGAUCCAGCUCAUCCACUACGACAAGCUACCAGCCGGACAGAACGCCACAGUCGUUGUCAUGUCUUACUCUGGCUACGAUAUCGAGGAUGCCCUGCUCUGGAUCCUGAUGGCUUGGCCAUGGUCGGUGGCCAGGUCAGGGCUUGGCGAGGCCAUGGUGAAGAAGGAGACCCCUCUGGACACCGGGUCGACUGGUAUCGGUAACGACCGCGGCCCUAGCGAGUUCCGCGACUCGUCAAUAUCAUACCGCAUUCCUGAUCCGGCAUACAUCGACAAGGUGAUGAUCUCUCAGAGCGAAAAGGACAACAUGGUCAUCAAGGUGCAGACGCGACAGACGAGAAGGCCGGAGUUGGGUGACAAGUUCUCGUCACGCCACGGACAGAAAGGUGUUGUUGGCAUUAUCGUGGAGCAAGAGGACCUACCGUUCUCUGACAAGGGCCUGGUCCCUGAUAUUAUCAUGAACCCUCACGGUUUUCCCUCUCGAAUGACGGUCGGAAAGCUGCUCGAGUGCCUCACAGGCAAGGCGUCGGUCUUGGACGGUCGUCCGGACUACGGUUUCGGCGACGCCUUCCGCUCGCAUCCUCUCAAGCAGAUGAGCGAGGCUCUCGUCGACCACGGUUUCUCAUGGGAGGGUAAAGACUAUUUCACGUCUGGCAUCACAGGUGAACCGCUAGAGGCCUACAUUUUCAACGGCCCCAUCUACUACCAGCGUCUCAAGCACAUGGUCCAGGACAAGAUGCACUCUCGUGCGCGGGGACCUCGUGCCAUCCUCACGAGACAACCGACGGAGGGUCGUUCGCGCGAGGGUGGUCUGCGUCUGGGCGAGAUGGAGCGUGACUGUCUGAUUGCCUACGGCGCCUCGCAAUUGCUGUUGGAGCGUCUGAUGAUCAGCUCGGACGGCACAGAGAUCGACAUUUGCCAGCAGUGUGGCCUCUUUGGUUAUAAGGGCUACUGCCACACGUGCAGGAGCACCAAGGAGGUGACCAAGAUGACGAUGCCGUAUGCCGCGAAGCUACUGGUGCAAGAACUGAUCAGUAUGAAUGUCGGUGUGAGGUUACAGAUGGAGGAUGAGUUCCCGCAUCCGAAGGAAUGA